AUGGCUACCAUCUCUGCUCCGCAAACCCCUAAUCUAAACGGAGGGUCGAUGAUCGAUCCGACACGGCAAGGCGAAUACCCUAUACUGCUGGGAGACAAGCUGGCUGGAAGAGAGACCGCAAGAGACCGUCAGUUCGUGAAUGUGACGUAUAACUACAAGAGCAAAGGUGGAACGCCACAGCAAAGGACGACCAUAUCCUCCGCCGGAACCCCAGACCGAUAUAAACUCACGAUACAAGACAAGGCCGGGAAUGCAGAGCAGACGAACUUGACGUACGUGUACGAUGGCGGUGUAGACCCGGAAUCUACGGCAUCAAAGUCGGAGAAUAGCAAUCUAGUUUUGAUCUAUGACCCGAAGCGCAAGGCGUUUAUUCUUGAGCCCGUUUCGACAAGGUUGAACUUCAAUCUAAAGUCUGCGCCUGGAAAGACAGACCGACAGGUUGCGGAACAAUACAGUCAAUUGAACACUUCUUUUUCAAAAGAUGAUCAGUCUACGGGUGAUAGUGCUGGCAGACAAGCGGACAAUGAGAGCGAGGACGAGGAUCUAGGGCCGGCUGAUGCGGACAAUCCGUUCGAUUACAGACAUUUCCUUCCGAAGAAGAAGGCCGUGGAGAACAAACAACGUGCUACUGGAUACGGUUCAUCUCCCGGGACACCAGAUCCUCACCAGGUGGUGAGCAAACCUGUAGCACCCCGAUCGGUGCCGGCCCCAGCGGCUAAGCCGAAACCAAAGCCCAAGCCGAAAGCUGCACCCAAGAGCAAAGCUCAACCAAAUCCGCUCCGUCCUCCGAAACAACGGCAACCCAAGGCCGCUAGCAGUGGGAAUGCAACCGCAAAGGAGCCAGAGCCAGUUGCGUCGGCAGCAAUAUCACUCCCGCCAAAACCGGAACCGGUUGAAACUAUCAUUGAGUCCGUGGAGACACCAGAUCUGGUUGGUGUUUAUUCUGCCUCGGACGAUGAACACAAAUCACGGCUGGCUGCAUCACCCGGCAGUAACAUCAUCGUGGAUGGAGACCUUAUCAUUGACAUGGGCUCUCCUCCACCGCAACGCCCGACAUUCAACGAGACAGGAUACCGCAGUGAUGACGAAGACGAGAUAGACGACAAUCGACCGUCGUUCCUAAUCGGACGACGGCUUGUGGAUGACGAUGACGAAGAAAAUGACGAAGAUGAGAUCAUGGAAGAUGUGCCGUCUAACAAUUUAGACGGAGACGAGGAGCCAGCUGAUUUCGAGGACGAUCUAGUUGCUGAAAUGGAAGCGGCCCUUGAAGAGAGUGCUAGAGAAGAAGAAGCAAGGCUGGCGAUGGAACAGCAGCAGCAACGAUAUAACAACCAUGUCCCGAGUGAUGACGAGAGUGAAGUCAGCGAAGAAGAAUGA